AACGCACACCACUCUCUCUCUCUCUACACCCAAAACCCCAUUGCAUCCCCGGCUUUCAAAUCCGCCACCUUUUCCCCUCCCCAUUUCUCUCUCUACCUCUACUUCUCAACCCAAGAAGAGAGAGAGAGAGAGAGAGAGGAGCAGGCCGGCCUCAAAAGAACCACUCACCUUCCCGCAGCCGCUCUCUCUCAUCACGCACAUCACGCACGCCCGCUGGUAGCUGCAGCCGCCGCUCGCUCGCUCGCUCUCAACGGUAGCUAGCUAGCCGGCCGUUGGAGCGGAGCCCCUGCUGCGGCCGCUUAAAGGAGGAGGAGGAGGGCGGGAGCAAUGUCGGAGCAGCCAUUGCCGCAGCCGCGGAGCAGCAUGAGGGAGGCGCUGCAGAAGGAGGACAAGGAGAAGGCGUCGGCGGCGGCGCCCAAGGAGAAGGCGGCCGUGGCCCCGCCCCCGGUCGCCGCGCCCCCCAUGGCCAAGAACGGCGGCGGGAACGGGGGCAAGGGCGGCAACGGGGCCCAGCCGCCGGCGGCGGAGGAGACGACGCGGGAGAUCCAGGUGGUGCGCGAGGCGUACCGGCAGCCGGCGGCCCCGGCGUACGUGAUGCCCGAGGAGCCGCCGGCCAUGGUGGAGCUUGUGGGGUGGUACCUCUACGGCUUCUGCUCCUUCUUCAUCACCCACCUGCUGCUGCCGGUGCUCUUCCCGGCCAUCGUCACCCAGGUCGCCUUCCCCUCCUCCGACUUCACCCCCGAGGCCAAGUACACCGUCAAGGGCGCCUCCUGCUCCGUCCACGAGAUGUCCAUGUACCAGAGGCUGACCAGGUACUCCAUUGAGAUCUCUAGCUCCCACAUGUCGCCCCUGGGCUGGAGCGCCCUCUCGUGGGCGAUCGGCAUCCUCCUCGUGGCGCCGCUCCUCACCCAGGUUGCGCACCACCUCGACAGGGGCCAGUACCAGUCGCUCAUCCUCAUCGCCGCGACGUCGUUCGGCUCCUUCUUCUGCCUGCUCACCGGCUUCUUCAAGACGGUCUGGGUGUUCCUGUUCUACAUCCUCUUCAUCGCCGCGUCCAUCAUCAUCGCCGAGGCGGUGCACACCCGCAACCUCGGGCUGAUGAUCCGUGGCCUCGCCGCUCACGACUCGGGCAAGCACCUUGUCCUGCGCCGCCGCGCUGCUGCCAGCCAGCUCAGCCUCUACUGCACCGCCAUCGGCGGCAUCGGCGCGGCCCUCAUGGCUGCGUUCAUGUACCACAUGCUGAGGCGCACUGACCAGCUCACCGGCCUCUGGGUCGUCUCCAUCUUCAGUGGCCUCAUCUGGUUCAUCGGCAUCUGCCAUGGCCUCUUCACCAACAGGCCCAGCAGCUCGUCACCCACCACCGCAUUCGAGCCGAACUUCAUCAGCAAGCUCAAGUACAGCAUGACCAUUGGCCGCUACCCACAGGCCAUCGGAAGCUUGGUGGCAGUGUUCCUGUCAUCUUUCGCCACAAUGUGCAUCUUCACCAGUGGCACGCUCUACGCCAUUGGCGGCGUCUGCAUCAAGCCGGUCCUCGUGCUUGCGCUGUGGAUCCUCUACUUCCUGUUCCCGCUCAUCUCGCUGCCGCUGCUCCACCCGAUCCAGAUCAUCAUCCGCGCCGACGCCGUCCGCAUGCAGCUGCUCGGGUUCAUCAUCGCCCUCUUCGUCUCCGGCGCCGGGUUCUACUUCAAGAGCCACAGGUGGAGGGCCGCCCACAUCAUCAUCAUCGCCCUUGUCCAGAGCACGGCCAACGGCAUCCUCUACUCGUUCGGCCGCAUUCUGCUGCUCGACGCCUCACCGCCGGGCAAGGAGGGUGCGUUUGCCAUCUGGUACGCCUACGUCCGCUGCAUGGGCGCCAUGAUCGGCUUCGCCGUCGCGUCUGCUGGUCCUGGGCGUGCAGGAGGGUCCUUCGCUGCUGCGUUCCUGGGCAGCUUCCUCGGCAUCAUCGUGCUCAUCUUCGGCAAUGUCAGCAACAUCGGGGCGCUCAAGGCCGCCGGGCAUCUCAAGGGCAUGGAGGACGACAAGAGGAUGGGCGAGAAAGGCGAGGGCAUGAGCGCCGUCGCCGACUCCGGCGAGUCCAGGGGGAGGGUAUGAUUGAUUACAUGGGGCUGGAAAGAAAGAUUGCUUGCCGCCAUUUGUUGUUGUGGUGGGUUGUGCUUGUGAGAAGGGUAUGAUUUGUUCUUUUUUUUUCUUCUUGUUUUUUCUUUCUUGUUCAUGUCUCAGUGACACUGUUAAUCCGGUGCUCUGCCCCUUUGAUGCAUGAUGAUUAUGAUGAUGUUGACAUAGUGGUUCGUAGAGGGAGUGUGCUAGCAGCUCUGUUAAUGUGUUGUUAAAUUCUUUUGCUUGGAAGACAGACAAUUGUAACUGAUGCAUGAUCUCAUAUGGUUCUUUCUUUGUUCA